AUGAUGAUUCAUCCGUCGGCGUACCGGCAGCACCGACGCCGAGGGCUCCAUUCGCAGCAACCGGUGUCGGAUUUAGUGCGGAACCAUAAACCGUACCGACGGACGGUAGGAUUUCCGCGAUGGAUACCGAUCGUCAUGGUGAUCGUUUUCAUUAAUCAGCUUACCGAAGGCCUGUUGCUGAACGAGACGUUGAUAACGCAGAAGCAUCAACACCACCGGUACACGAUUGAUGAGCUGGUCGAUGCGCGCUUUCCGAAGAGCAUCUCUGGUGACAUCGACAUGGAUCCUUGCAAAUCGAGUGGAUUUAUGGGCGACAUCGCUAUGCCGAACGUAAAUUAUGAAACCGAAUGGCAGCGUCAACGAAUGAACAAGAGCCUCGAGCAGGACAUCGUGAAGCUGAAGCAGGAGGUGUAUCUCGAAGGGUUACAGGUCGAGGAGGAAGGCAUGACGGACAUGAUACGGAAAAAAACGAAACAGCGCGCCUCAACGCCACUGUCCGGUAUGACGUCCGCCACGGGCGGUCAGUACGCGCAUUCACCAUCCAGCACGUCAUAUGAGAGCGAAAAUUCCAUCACGGACAGUUCCGGUGAACCUCCGGUGCGAGCUACUAUUAUCGACAAUCGGGACAACAUUAUUGUGCGCCGCGAGCCCGACACGGUUGGGGAAAAGGUGGCCGAGCCUAAAACUGCCACGCCUAACAAAAAAAAUGCAACUGGUGCCAUUCGGAACAUUGACCAUAAUCGGAUCCAGUCCAACACGAAGGACAUCGUUAUCGAUUCGAUCAGCGAUAAUAUUAUCAGCAACAAUCACGCCAGUAGGAAAGUAGUCACAUUUGCCUUACUGACGAAGACACCAACGACCACCACAACAACAUCGACGACGACAAUAGCUUCCGUAACUGGCGGACACUCUACCGGCAUGGCAUCGACAGUCCCGCAAAGGGCAGAAGGAAGCAACGAAACUACGGCUACAGGUACGCCCGCAGUGGAACCAAUGAGACGACAGCAUCUAUCGAAUGAGCAGAGCGGUCAACUAACGAGCGGUUCCAGAGAACAAGAUGCUGGCCAUGUCCGCACCCGCCGUCGUCACCAUCGUAGACGUCGACAGCAGCAACAUUCGUCGUCCCAACAUCCCAAACUACACGAUGCGGUUGAUGGCAUAUCGGACAACUCUGCUCCAACAGCGAAAACCACAUCCGAACAGCCCUCGUCGAAUGGAACGGUCAACAAAAACUCGUACCACUCACGGUUGGAACGUUUGCGCGUCGAGCUGGGCACGGUAACGUAUUCGGUUCGGGAUCGCAAUCUUCGAUCGAGUCACCACCAUGAGCAGCACCAUCAGGACAAGCAGGACGAACCGGGCGUGCGAAGAGUGCAAACGCGUACACCGAAGAAGAAGCGACGUCGCGUUGGAGGUGUCAGCAAACGGAAGCAUCAUCAGGAUGUCAUCGCUAACGACCACGGAAAGCACGACAACGAUGACGGUAAUAACAACGAACAGCGGGAGAACAUGCCCGUUGAUAUGGCCAACUUCAGUGCCGGUAAGCUGCAGGGUGAAAGGAACGGAUGGCACAAUGGAUACCACGAGCAGUCCUAUCAUCCUCGCGCUCAACAUCGCCAUCAUUCUGAGCACCACCUUUACGAACGACCGGCCCAGGCACAAUCUUCCCGGACGGUGCAGGACGAAAGCGACAAUGCCAUGAAUUUGCAUUUCCGACCGGACCAUAAAGCACAGACUCCGGGUGCUCAAGAUUCACCCCGAGCGUUCUUACCUGUUGAGGAUGAAGCUGAAAGCCAUAUUUACUAUGCAUCAGACGAUCGGGACCAUCAGCAUCAUCGUGUGGCACGGGCGGCAACGGCAAAGAAGGAACGCAUCUGGGACUUUGGCGUCAUACCUUACGAGAUUGAUGGGAACUUUAGCGGCAUGCACAAGGCCCUGUUUCGGCAGGCGAUGCGCCACUGGGAGAACUAUACGUGCAUCAAAUUCGUCGAGCGCAAUCCGAUUGACCAUCCGAACUAUAUCGUUUUUACCGAGCGUGCCUGCGGCUGCUGUUCGUUUGUCGGCAAGCGGGGAAAUGGGCCGCAAGCGAUUUCAAUCGGUAAGAACUGCGACAAGUUUGGCAUUGUGGUGCACGAGCUGGGUCACGUGGUUGGUUUCUGGCACGAGCAUACCCGUCCGGAUCGGGAAAACCAUGUCGUGAUCGAGAAGAACAACAUCGUGGUUGGGCAGGAGUACAACUUCAACAAGCUCACCGAAGAUGAGGUUAACUCGCUUGGUUUACCGUACGACUACGAUUCGAUAAUGCACUACGCGCGUAACACAUUCUCCAAGGGUACCUAUCUGGAUACGAUCUUCCCCAUCGAAAUACCGGGCCGGAAGAGGCCAGAAAUCGGCCAACGGUUGCGGCUCAGCGAGGGAGACAUCGCGCAAGCGAACCUACUAUACAAGUGUGCCAAGUGCGGACGCACGUUCCAGGAAAACUCGGCCAGUUUCACUUCCCCGACGUACUACUCCGCCACACCACCGACCGAACCGGAACGUUGCGAAUGGCGCAUCACGGCUACACACGGAGAAAGGAUAGUGCUGAACAUAACCGACCUGGAUAUUUACAAAUCAAACAGCUGCAGGUCAGACUACCUAGAGAUUCGGGACGGUUACUGGCACAAGUCGCCGAUACUGGGUAAAUUUUGUGGUUCCGGCAAGGUGAAUGAGCUCAUCCGCUCCACCGGCAGUCGUAUGCUGCUCACGUACACAACCACCUUCCGGCAGGCAUCGAUGCGGGGCUUUGCGGCCAACUACGAAGCAAUCUGUGGCGGCGAUAUGAAUCUCGAAUCGGGCGGACGUCUCGAAUCACCAAACUAUCCCGUCGACUACUUACCGAACAAGGAAUGCAUCUGGCGCAUAACCGUCCCGAAGGACUAUCAGGUUGCUUUAAAGUUUCAAUCGUUUGAAGUGGAAAACCAUGAUAACUGCGUUUACGAUUACGUCGAGGUACGGGACGGCGGUACGGCAGACUCGCGGCUUAUUGGUGUUUUUUGCGGCUACAAAAUACCACCUGAUAUGAAAUCAACGUCCAACAAGCUGUUCGUAAAGUUCGUAUCAGAUGGGUCGGUGCAGAAGGCAGGAUUUUCGGCUACCUUCAUGAAGGAAGUGGACGAGUGCGAGCACAUGGAUCAUGGUUGUGAGCACGAGUGCAUCAACACCCUCGGGGGUUACGAGUGUGCCUGCUACAUCGGUUACGAGCUGCACAGCGAUAAGAAAUCGUGCGAGAAUGCCUGCGGAGGUCAGCUGGACACCCCGAACGGUACUAUCCUGUCACCGUCUUUUCCGAAAGAGUACCCCAUCAUGAAGGAGUGCGUGUGGGAGAUAGUGGCACUGCCACAGCACAAAAUCACCCUGAACUUUACACACUUCGACCUGGAGGGUAAUACGUUUUAUCAAGCGUCCGAAUGCGAAUACGACUACGUGGCCGUGCUGUCUAAAAGCCCGGACGGAACGCUUCACAAGCACGGUUCGUUCUGUGGGUACAACGUACCGGCACCGAUUACGUCCGAGUGGAAUAUCCUACGGGUGGUGUUUAAGUCUGAUAAGACGAUUCAGAAGACGGGUUUCGCUGCUGUUUACUUUACCGACAUUGAUGAGUGUGCAGUCAACAAUGGAGGAUGCCAGCAGGAGUGCAAAAACACCGUUGGGUCGUACGUUUGCUCCUGCCGCAACGGAUACACGCUGCACGACAAUGGGCACGAUUGCAAAGAGAGUGGCUGCAAGCAUGAGAUUUUUACACCGCAUGGCCAAAUCCUUAGUCCCAAUUAUCCCGACUACUACCCACCGAAGAAGGAUUGCAUCUGGCACUUUACCACAACGCCCGGCCACAGGAUACGGUUGGUUUUCAACGUGUUUGAUAUUGAACCGCAUCAGGAAUGCGCUUACGAUCACAUCGUCAUCUAUGAUGGAAACUCACCGGACAGCCACACUUUGGGGCGAUUCUGUGGUGCAAAAAUACCACAUCCCAUUUCGUCUUCGUCAAACCAAAUGUACAUGGUGUUCAACACGGACACUAGCGUGCAGCGGAAAGGUUUCUUCGCGAGCCAUUCGACCGCUUGCGGUGGGCGUCUCAAGGCGACCGAAGUCAAGAACCACUUCUACUCGCACAUCAAGUUUGGCUCGGGCAUGUAUGACAAUGGGGCCGACUGCGAAUGGACGAUUGUGGCCGAUUCGGGCCAGAACGUACAACUAAAGUUUCUAAGCUUCGAGCUGGAGGAAGAAAAGAUGUGCUCGUACGAUUACGUCGAGGUGUACGGCGGAUUGGAUGACGAAAGUGGCCCUCUGCACGGAAAGUACUGUGGCAAUGCGAAUCCGCCGGAAAUUAUCUCGAUGCACGAGGCGCUAAUGGUGCGGUUCCGUUCGGACGAUACGGUUGGAUUCAAGGGCUUCUCGGCUGCAUACGUCGCGAUCAAGUCAAACGAUGACGUGCUGACCACUGACGAAGAAGGUUCUGAUAGUUCCGAUAUCAUCCCGUUUCCCGGUUCACUAAAAACAGUGUUCAUCAAACAGGGCGAAGAUAUGGACGAGGAGGAGGAGGACGACGAUAUCGAUUAUGAGAUCUACCCAAACCGACCAACCAACACUAAGAUGCACAUCGCGGUGCACAACGAUAUACGCUCAUCUCAGGCGAUCGACUGAAACAUAAUCAAAUACUUUGCCACGUAAGGUGUUGAUGCAUACGCCAUCGGUACCACCGGCCACACAACCCUGCGCGAGCUGCCACUGCAUGGACA